AUGUUCAUUCCCAGAGAGAUCGAUGAGAAUGGAGGUCAGCUGGCUCCCGGUGUUGGCUCAGGCACGGAGGCUGGCGCCUCGGGAGACUCUGGAAGCUAUGGCAUCUCGACGGGCGGACUGAUCGCCAUUGUGGUCGUGGUCGUCGUUGUGGCUAUCGUUGGAGCCACCAUGGGCGCCCUGUUCUUCAUCGCGAAGAAGCGUGAGUGGACUAUGAGGGAGACCUUGCGACGCUCGGCCCGUAAAGUCAAGACUGCCCUCACACCUCGGCGCGCCGAGUUUCCAUCACACCUCAAGGACACCCAUGCCUCAUCAUCGCGUCGACGACAGCACACGCGGCUCGACGACGUCCCACCAACACCCAGGCUGCGACCCGAAGAUUUGGAGAAAGGCAGGACCAAGACUAUCAUCGAAAGCAGAGGGCGCAAGUGAGAUGUUUUGCUUGGCUCGACAACAUGGCAGACUGGCCGUAGGCUGUGCCUAUGUGCCCUUGGGGGUGGUUGAUCCAUCCCGUACAUCUCCUUGAUAAUUCUCGUCCUGACGCGGCGCUUGCGGCUUCGGGA